CUUCACUUCCUAACCCUAACCCUAGUCCUAACACUAACUUCCUCAGGAGUCACGACGCAAUCCUUCUGGUUCACAUCCCAGCCACCUUCAAACCUGUAUCCUAACACCCCAGAAUUCAGAGUUACUUCGGAUCUGAAACCUUCAAUUUACAUGGGUUCCAGGAAGGGUGACUUCGGCGAUGGAGCUAGUCCUGGAAAGAUUUUCAUCGGAGGCUUGGCGAAGGACACUACCUUGGAUACGUUUGUGAAGUACUUUGGGAACUAUGGAGAGAUAACUGAUUCGGUUAUAAUGAAAGAUAGGCACACGGGUCGUCCCAGGGGUUUUGGUUUUAUCACCUAUGCCAAUCCCUCUGUUGUUGACACCGUUAUUGCUGAAACCCAUGUCAUCAAUGGAAAACAAGUUGAAAUUAAAAGAACAAUCCCGAAAGGAUCUGCUGAAUCCAAUGAUUUCAGAACAAAGAAGAUAUUUGUUGGUGGGAUUCCAACACCUGUGACUGAAGAUGAGCUCAAGAAUUUCUUCGCAAAGUAUGGGAAGGUGGUUGAGCAUGAGACUAUUCGAGAUCAUGUGAGCAAGCGAUCUUGAGGCUUUGGGUUUGUUGUCUUCGACAAUGAACAAGUUGUCGAUAAAUUGCUGGCAGUUGGUAAUAUGAUUGAUAUGGAAGGUGCACAGG